AGACAAAAAUUUUAUAAAAUUUUUUUUUAUGGUUGGCAAUAAAAUUUUAUGGUUGCGAAAUUAAACCGGAUCUGUACAAUUUAACUUUCUAUCAAAUCAAAAUUCGUCCCUGAUUCGCACUUUUUCUCAAUCUCAGAAAAGAUAAUCGAAAUUUCAAUCUAAAACGAUAAAAAAUACAUUAAAAAAUAUUAUUAACGAAACGAUUAAAAAUAGAUUUAAAAACUCAUCGAGAAUUCUUUUAGCGAUUGAUCUCAUUUUUUACUUAUCGUUUUAAAAAGAGAGGAACAUCUGAAUCUGUUACGAGUAACGGGUAUUUGCUGAUCGACCAUUAAAGUGAUUCUACUGUAAGUGAGCGUGCUGUAACUAUAUACGUUGCAUAAGUUUUGAAAAGAAAUUGAAAUUAAACCUGCAGAAAUUUAUUUUGUCGGAAAGUGUGCCUAUAUUCGAAAGUGUUAAAAAGUGUGUCUCGAUAUCGAGUGAUAAAAUAUGCAUAUUAUCAUGGUAAUAUUCGCCACCAUUCUGAUUAUACAAUCGUAUACUAUUGCUGAAUCAAGUGAACAGAGCAGCAUAUUAGACAGUCAAGCAAAAGAAAAAAGAUUAACAUUACCAUUCACAUCAACGUUGCAAACGGAGUCAUAUCAAGACAAUAUUAAAUAUUAUAAUUUUCCAGAUUAUAUUUAUAGACCUCUUCAAAACAAGAAAUGUCCAUUGUGCGACACUUCUGUUCUUCCUUAUUGCGGAGAAAAAUUAUUGCAUGAUGCAUGUUGUUGCACAGAUCCUUAUACAUACGAUUUACCUUACCAAUGUAAAUUAGCGGAUUGUCGAUUUUUGCAUGCCAAUAGUUGCAAAGAACAUCAGUUAAUUGCAAUCUGUUGCUGUAGUGAUGAUUAUCGAUCUUUAUUAAAGAGUUUUUCAAAUUAA